UUGGAAUAAUACAUUCAAAUACUUCCAAAUUCGCCCAUCCAGUCGAUUCUUUUGCUGAGUAUCACCCUACUAACUAAGCCAAUACUACCUUUCUUGUAAUCUACCGACGUUUAUUUAUAAUAUUUUCAGCCCAAGGUAGGACUUGUUCAUAUUAAACAUCUAAAUUCACGAUGGGGUUGUCGAUUCAGGUCAGAACUGCCGUUGCGACUAGCUUGCUGGUAUUUUCGGCUCAGGUCAACUCGGCUUCGGCUUCUUCUCAAGCUACUAUGAGUGCUUCUACCUCGACUGUUUCCUUGAUGAGGUCGUCUCCUAUCUCCUUGGUUAUGUCCGGGAAUGCUAUGCCGUCCAACUCAGCUAUCCCGGGCGCUACCAACUCCAACGCUCCUAUCAUGCUCGCUGUCGUCCCGCUGCGUGACCCUAUCAGUCGCAGAAACACCGAGAAUAAACACCCUAAACACCACGACUCUGAUAAAGAACAUCACCACGACAAGGAGCACCACCACUCUGAUAAGAAGCAUCAUCACUCUGACAAGGAACACCAUGAUUCUGACAAGAAACACCACCACGAUAAGGGAUUCGUGGGCACUACGCCCCCCAACCCACUUAGCUGCACAGACGCAACUACCUUCGAUUUAACGAACGGUGUGAUCAGCAGCGGUGGGGAGUACCUUAUGACGGGCCGGGACGUCCUGUACGAGCCGUUUACAACAUCUUCGGGGCGCAGGGGUUCCGCAGCCGGCCAGUUCAGCGUUGAAAACGGGUAUCUGCGCUGGUACGAUGACGGGUUCUACGGCGGGCGGGCGCGGUACUGCCAGAUGCCGGGCUCGGGACAGGUGUACGCCACGUUCCAUAUCGACAGCACCUGGCCCGAGGGUUGCGAGGAGGUCGACCUUGCAGCGGAACCGGAGUCGUGGUGCCAGGAUGGGUACCGCGGGGGAGAGGAGCAUAGUGAUAAGGAUGAGGAUGAGGAUGAGGAUGAGGAUGAGGAUGAUGGGUACAAGCACAAGCACAAGCACGACGACGACGGUGAUAAAUAUAAGACCAACGAUGCACAUAAAACCAAGGACGAUGAUCAUCACGACACUGACUACGCAACGAGCACCGGAUAUCGCGUCCAUACGGACUACGAAACCAGCUCCGAAUACGCGACCCCGACAAGCCAUGAAACUUACAGAAGUUACAAGACUCCCGCCAGCCACGCAACACCCACCUAUCCCACUGCCAGCUUCCAGACCCCUACAUCCCACGGUAUCUACCAGACGUACGCCAGCCCGACCGGCCAGCUCUGCGUCGAGACGCCGCUGUCUUGGGUCCUCGGCAGCCAUACCUUCAUCCGGGACGAGCUAUGAAGAAAGAAAGAAAGGAAGGAAGCGUAAUUCUACUUACGUGUAUUUUAUACUAUUUCCAUCACUACCACGUACGUGUGCCAAUACAUGGGUGCUAGUUGACCACCAGCCGGGGGGGGGGGCGGUAAAACGAGAUACGAAGAAAUUGGAGAAAGGGUGUUUUGGAUCUACAUUUCUUGUUUAAAUACACGUUAGUCAAUCAUCUUUGUAUUGUAGUUGGAUAGUUUGGAGAAGUCAUUGAUUUAUGUUGGUCAUAUAAUUAUGUCCCAAGUCACAACCCACAUUGUUGCGGUUCAAACGAGUUGCAAUUUAAACGUCCUAGUUUCA